UGCCUCACACUGAACCUCCACCACUACCAGCAGACUGCUCCUGUCUGCUCUCAAACAACUAGGAAACUGGGGCUGUGCAAUUAACUACACCACGGACCAGGGGAGGCCACGCACCGAGGAGAUACAGACAAUUUUAGCUGUAAAUACUACCGCAGAAGCCCUACAUCCAAAUCAGGAGUUACUGGUGAAAACGCCAUAUUAAAGGUGGACUGGCUGCUGCCCGGUUGUCGUGGUAACGCUCCACCUUCACCAUGCCUUUCCCCUUCGGCAAGUCGCACAAGUCCCCAGUCGACAUUGUGAAAAACCUGAAAGACAGCAUGACGGUCCUGGAGAAGCACGACAUCUCCGACAAGAAGGCAGAAAAGGCGACAGAAGAUGUGUCUAAAAGCCUUGUGGCCAUGAAGGAAAUACUGUAUGGCACAAAUGAAAAGGAGCCUCAGACUGAAGCUGUGGCUCAACUGGCUCAGGAGCUCUACAACAGCGGCCUCCUUAGCACCCUCAUCGCAGACCUGCAGCUUAUAGACUUUGAGGGGAAGAAGGAUGUGGCGCAGAUUUUUAAUAACAUUUUGCGGCGUCAGAUUGGCACUCGGACACCCACAGUGGAGUACCUCUGCACCCAACAGAACAUACUCUUCAUGCUACUCAAAGGGUACGAGUCCCCAGAGAUCGCUCUAAAUUGUGGCAUCAUGUUGCGGGAGUGCAUCCGGCAUGAACCUCUGGCCAAAAUCACACUGUGGUCCGAGCAGUUCUAUGACUUUUUCAGAUACGUUGAGAUGUCCACGUUUGACAUCGCCUCCGAUGCCUUUGCCACAUUCAAAGACCUCCUCACGAGACACAAGCUACUGAGUGCAGAGUUUCUGGAACAGCAUUACGACAGAUUUUUCAGUGAAUACGAGAAGUUACUCCACUCUGAAAACUACGUGACUAAAAGGCAGUCCCUGAAGUUACUGGGGGAGUUGCUUCUCGACAGACACAACUUCACGAUAAUGACGAAGUACAUCAGUAAAUCAGACAACCUCAAACUCAUGAUGAACUUGCUCCGCGACAAGAGCCGUAACAUCCAGUUUGAGGCUUUCCAUGUUUUUAAGGUUUUUGUGGCCAACCCAAACAAGACACAGCCGAUCCUGGACAUCCUGCUGAAGAACCAGAUGAAGCUCAUCGAGUUUCUCUCCAAAUUUCAAAACGACCGAACGGAAGAUGAGCAAUUCAAUGAUGAAAAGACUUACCUGAUCAAACAGAUCCGGGACCUCAAAAGGCCUCCACCCCAGGACACUUAAAACUGGACCCAAGGGAGACCAGGGAGAGCCAGGGACCCUAAUGCAGUAGCUGGUCUGGCUUUGGAUAAGACUUACUCCCAACAAAAACUAACGUCAAACAUGCCCAAAUCAACCUAUUGGAAGCCGACAGCUCCACCGCUUCAAUUUGGAUCAUUAUUUUAACAUUUUGCAACUGUUUUCCUUUAAAUAUAGAUACUGCUGCUUUCUUGCACAAUGAUACAUGUAAGGUAUACAAACCGGUUCACAAAACUUAACAAAUACCAGAGUUUGCUAGUUAAAAUGGUAAAAAUAAAUUUAAAUCCAACACAUGAUAUUCAGUACUGUGUCAAAGGCUUGGAUUUUCAAUGAGGCUAUAAAUAAAUACUAAAAUAAAAUAUAUACAUAAUUUCUAUGAUAAUUGAAAUCGAUAGUUUUAGUUUUUAACACUUUGAUAUCACCACUUUUUUAUUUAUAGUCUUUUUGCUAAAUAUUAAUAUAGACUUACAAAAAAUUCUGCUACCAAAUAUUGACACAGUACUGAACUCACCCUUACACACAGUACUGGGUAGAACAUGGUACCAAGAACUAUAUAUUUUGGUUGCAUACUUUUAUUUGGUCUACAAUGACCAAUGCACUAUCAGAUCUACAGUCUCCAGUACCACUUUGAAACGCAUGCGCUCCACCCCACCACUACAGUCCAUCAAAGCCUUCAUCUUGUUCAGCAUCUGAGGUUCAGUCUAAGUGAUUUAUGGGAAAGGGCUCUUAAGAAGCAUCACUGAGACAUCAAUCAAAUCAAGUCAUGAAGGGUAGAGCUGCACAGUAUGGGGAAAUAAGCAAUUUAAGAACCAACAAUUGUGUCAAAGGUUGCAAAAAGUAGGAGAAGUUUGGGAAUUUACUUUCAACUGACAAAACUUAAGUCAGUAUUGUGACUAUAAGUUUGAGCUCAGUUUAAUUUGAUUUUGGACUUGGAUCUGUUCAAAUCCAGGUUAAAAUCCAGUUUUGAUGUGUGCUGUGUAUGCAAGAAUUAACACAUCUUAAGUAAAAAAAAACAUGAUUUCACCAGAACUGAAUAAGUGGUAAGUGCUAAUUUAGGUUAAAAAAAAACAAAAAAAACAGGGCCAAACAAAGAAAGAGGUUGAAAUAACAGAAAUCAGGGCUAAAACAGCAUUUAAUGGGUAGUAUGGAGAAAUAAGCAAUUUAAGAACAAACAAAGCUGCAAAAAGCAUAGGGGAAGUUUAAAAAUCAACAUGGCAAAAGUUUGUGUUAUUGGUAUGAUCCAAAUUGGUUUGGUUCAGGUCUGAUCCCAGUUUAAUCCUGACUUGGACUUGGUUCAGGCCUGUUCUAGUCACAGUUUAGUCCUUGUCUAGUCCAGGUUUGGUUAAAUCCAAUUUUUGAUGUGGUGUGUGUGUGUGCACAAGAGUGACCACUGCCUAAAUGAAACUUGGCUUUACCAUGUCUGAAUAAGGGGUUUGAACUUAUUCAGAUGGUUACACAAAUCAAGAUUUAAAUCCAAGACUAAAAUGAAAUAAUUUUAUUAUUGUUGCUCUCAAAUUUUAUCUAAAUUGAGCAACACUGGAUAAGAAGUGACACUGAGUUUAUAUUAGUUUAUAUUACUUUUUGGCCUUUUAAAAACUAUUCUGUACUUUGUUGUGUUCAUAUUGUGCAGCUCUAAUGUGGGGAUUGCUCUGUUUUGACUUUGCAAAUGAUGAACUUAUCAGAAUUAGAUUUUUUUUUUUUAAUUGUAAUUUUGGGACAGGGUUAACAUGUACAUAUGAUAUGCCUUUUCGCUUUGUAGAUUUGUUUUACAUUAACAUUAUUAUUACCAACAUCACAUUUUUGGUUUAUUGUAUCAAACCUAGGCACAAAGACUAGAUGCACUAUGUAACUUUUAUGGUAGAGGGAUACGCCAACUACUUGUCUCCAUGGAGAUGCCAUUACAUUACCUUGAAUGUUUCACGCUACGGUUUUAAACUUGUAUUUAUUCAGCUACAGAUGUUUUAAUUGCUGAAUAACCUUCAAAAGCAUGCUUUCUUACUGUGAGCAGGGUCGCAUCUCCACAGAUCUGACCUGUAACUUGCCAAAUGCUUGUCUUCACGGACAUGUAGUUUCAUACUAUGGAACAUACUAUGGAACAUUAUAGGAACUGCAUUAACAUCUCCAUGGAGCUAAGCAGGUGUUCUAUCCUGAAAAGUUACACAGGGCAGCUUUAAUUGGUAUGUCAUUUUACAUUUUCAUAUUCUGCUGAAGGGGUUGUUGCUGGCUUGUGGGGUUCUUCGUGUAUAUAACUUAAAGGGCCAGCAACAAUUAGCUAACCUAUAGGAUAUUAACAAUUGUACAGCAAAGGAAUGUCAUGCUCUGAAUCUGUUAUCCUAAUUUUAUUCUCCAUUUUGACUUAUUGAGGGUGAAGGGCAUAUUUUGGGAGAGCAUUAAAAACAAAGCUUGCCAUCUGAACUUUUUGAGGUGCAAACUUUACUAUUUAGCUGGUUGCCUGUGCUGUGGCAAUUUGGCAUGCCAUAUUUUGUUUCCCUUUACUUGCAGUAUUCAAGCUUUGGAAGGGUUUUAUAAUUCCAGUACAAUUACAAGUGCAAAGCAUUGUGGGUAGCUGAGUUCUUUGGGCAUGAGUGCAACUAAGUAUUACUAUAGAUAAUUUGCAGUGAAUUGCACGGUCACUAUACUUUACUUUCAAACAGUUUGGUGUGGGGACUAUUCGGUCAGAUUCAUUCUAAUAUAACUUCAUUGGACUCGCAUGCUCCUCUGUUGGCUGUGCAUGAUGCUGUACUCAAAUCGUUGUACUGGAAUUGUUCAUUUGCCCCAGUAUUUAAUUACACUGAAAUGACUGAUCUCCUCUGACCACGUGGCCUGGUGCGGACUGGGCUCCAGUUACAGCACAGAGCAGUGUGUGGGUGCUUUCAGAAGUGUCAAAGGCCUGUGCCCUGCAAUUCAAAUAAAUAAAAAAAAACAUUUGGAAUAA